AGCUAUUUAGGGGUUAACAACUUAAAGCCUUGGUGUUGGUAGUCGGAGUCAAAAGGACAGUAAACGCAAACGUAGUUCGGGCAAUUUGGGGAUCUAUCUAUCUUCAUUGUCUUCUUUCUUUCAAUUGUAACUGCAACUACUGAUGGAUUGGCAAGGGCAAAAACUCGCAGAGCAGCUGAUGCAGAUAAUUUUGGUGGCGUUUGCAGUGGUGGCAUUUUUUACAGGCUAUGUUUUGGGCUCCUUUCAAAUGAUGCUACUUAUAUAUGCUGGCGGAGUUGUUCUGACUACUCUUAUCACCGUGCCCAAUUGGCCGUUCUUCAACCGCCACCCUCUCAAAUGGUUGGAUCCUAGUGUUGCUGAAAAGCAUCCCAAGCCGCAAGCUGCUGCUGCUACUACUUCGAAAAAGAAGGGCUCAAAGAAGUAGAUAACUCACAAAUUGUUAUGCCAGGCAUUGCCUCGAUGUUAGAUGGGUUGUAUUAGUACUUGUACCUUUGGCCUUUUUCUCUAAAGAAUAUGCUUUUGAUCGGAUGGCAGUACGAUAUUCAUAUUAGCUUUAAUUAUGGGCACUUAAUUGCCCAUAUUUUACACAAUUGCUCUAAUGAAAUACAACUGUUCUUCUA